UUUUUUUCCUUCAUUUUAUUAAAAAAAAAUGCAAAUUACAAGACACUCCAAUUGAGUGUAUUUCAGGUGCUUUCAGCCGAUGUGAAGAGCAGUAUGAAAGAGAGGGUGGGAGUGACAUAAGGACUGAUGAGUGCAAGAAAAGCAAACAUAGCUUUAGGGAUACAAUGGAAUUGUGCAUGUGUGGAGGGGAAAAGAGCACAUACACUUACACACUCACACACACGCACUUGGAGCAAUGGUAUGAUGCCUCCCUACAUGCCUCACAAGCUUUUUCCCACUGUUAGAAGUAUUAGACGUAUCAGGCUAUGCUGGAAGAAUCCAGGAUUUUGCAGGUGAUGAAGCCCACAUGGCCUACGAGGAUAAGAGGCAGGUCCUCUAUGUGCGUGUGUGAGUGUGUGUGUGUAGGAGGGGUGAGAGGGUGGGACAGAGAUAUCAGAAGGACUCACCCAGACAGCCCAAGCACGCUGAUCCGGGUUGCCAUGGUAACACCUAACGGAUGAAUGAAUGACAUCAUCGCGACCAGGAGGUGAGAGAGUGUGAAAUUGAUUUGGUGGAGAAAAGCGGAGGCUUACGCAACGCAGUCGCACGUUUUUCUUCAUCACUCGUGCACGCUCGCUCUCUCUCUCUCUCUCUCUCUCUCUCUCUCCUGCUAUCUCUACCCUCUUUGCUUCAUCUUCUCCUUCUCCCCUUCUGAGGACAGGAUCUCUGGUUGUUUCCAGCUAUGUAACGCCUUCAGGCAGAACAUGGAGAUAGACCAGUGCCUGCUGGAGUCAUUACCUCUCGGGCAGAGGCAGAGGCUGGUGCGGCGGAUGCGUUGUGAUCAGCUGCGUGCAUACUACGAGCGUGAACAGACCCUGCAGAAACAGAGUACACACAAACCUCUCAGCAGCCAGCGCAAGAAACACUCCAUCAGCUUCUCCCUGUCUGAUAUCCUCCAGGACGCCAUCAUACGCCACGAUGAUAAAGAGGUGCUGAAGCUACUGAAGGAGGGCGCUGACCUGAACACAGUUCUCACAUCGGGAGGUUCGCUGCUCCAUCUGUGUGCUCGCCAUGACAACGUGUUUGCGGCAGAGAUUCUGAUAGAACGAGGCCUGAAUGUCAAUCUUCAGGAUGAAGACCUCUGGACAGCGCUGCAUGUGGCCUGUGCCUGCGACCAAACUGAUAUGAUGCUGCUGCUGCUUUUGUCUGGGGUCAACGCGCUUCUGCAGGACAUAAAUGGGAACGUACCACUCGACUACGCCACUGAGGGGAGCGAGACCAGCUACAUUCUCACCAGGCAUCUGGAAGAGUGCGGAGUGGAUGUGAGCUCCAUACACCAGAUGAAGACUCAGAGAGCCUCCGUCAUGCUGUCAGACGUGAGACAGCUGGUCAGCAGUGGAGCCAGUGUCAACCAGAAAAACGAGGACGGAGUCACACUGCUACACAUAGCUUGUGUUAACGGCUAUAGGGACGUGGUGUAUCUGUUACUGGAGAACGGAGCAGAUGUACUGGCCACAGACAACAGCUACUGGACUCCACUCCACUUGGCUGCCAAAUAUGGACAGAUGCAUAUUGUAAACCAGCUGCUGAAGCACAAAGCCGACCCCACUCUACUCAACUGCAAUCAAGAUAAGCCUUCAGAUAUUGCUGCAUCAGACCAAAUAGCAGACAUGUUGAGGAGGGCGGAGGAAUUCUGGGUGCAGAGACAGAAGGAUCCAACAUUGCUUCUCCCUGAUUCAGAAGAACAGUGUGAAGAUCUCAACCAGGAUGUCAGCAUGCUGGUUAAAAAAUUAACGCCACUGACGCUGCCCAUUUCAAAGAGGGACAGUCUGUUGGAGAAGGACACCAUGUUUCGGGACUCAGGAGGAGCCCUGACUCGUCAGUCGUCCCAGGACAACGGGCCGGAUGGAGCUUAUCCCAGCACCACUAACAAACUGGAACAGGUGAAGUUAAUGCCUCCAGCACCAAAUGAUGACCUGGCCUCUCUGAGUGAGCUGACGGACAGCAGCCUUCUAUACGAGAUGCAGAAACGCUUCGGCAACAACCAGAUCUAUACUUACAUCGGUCACAUUCUCCUUCUCAUAAAUCCCAACAAAGACCUGCCCAUCUACUCUAAUCUCGUCAGUCAGUUGUAUCUGAGCUCCAGUGGUCGCCUCUGUUCCUCUCUCCCUCCUCACAUCUUCUCCUCAGCCGAACGAGCGUUUCACAUGAUGCUGCAGGAGCGACGCCCCCAGUGUUUCAUCAUAAGCGGCGAGAGUGGCUCUGGGAAAUCCGAGGCAUGCAAGCACAUCCUGAAGCACCUCGCUACUCGUUCCUGUCCGAAAGGAUUCGCUCUGGAACUACGCAUGAAACAUGUGAACACUAUCCUAGAAACUUUUGGCCACGCUAAGACACCUAUGAACAGUAACUCAAGUCGCUUCAUUAAGCUGCUGUCCCUGCAGUACAGUGAGAAAAGAAGGACUCUGCUCAGAGCACGUGUGUAUACCUACAUGCUGGAGAAGGCUCGGUUUGUCCACACACACCAGCAGCAGCAGAACUUCAACAUAUUCUAUCUAAUGGCUAAAGGGCUUUCAGCUGAAGAGAAGAGCAACCUGAACCUAGACAAUAUUAUAGCCCACAGGUUCCUGAGCUCAGUGACUCCUGCUGAAGCAGUGACCAUGGAGCAGAGCAGAGAGAAGCUGGAAGAGCUGAAACAUGCUCUGCGUGCCCUUGGAUUUAACAAAUCGGAAGUGGCGAAUCUGUUUGUCAUCCUCUCUGCGCUGCUCCACCUGGGGGAGCUGUGUUUCACAGCGCUGUCGGACGGUGACACGGCUCUCGUGUCUGAUCUGCAGCCGUUAGACCGAGUGGCAGGGAUGCUGCAGGUGAGCCCGGAGGAUCUGGGUGCUGCUCUCACCUCUGAUGUUCAAUAUUUCAAAGGUGAUGUCAUCACACGGCGCCACACAGUGGAAAUGUCCAACCAAUACAGAGACCUCCUGGCUAAAGCUCUGUACGGGCGGCUCUUCAGCGUUCUAGUCAACAACAUUAACUAUUAUCUCCAAGGUCAAGAUGAGAGCCUUGGAGACCCUUCACUUGAGAUCAGCAUCCUGGACAUUUUUGGCUUUGAGAAAUUUCAGAAGAAUAACUUUGAGCAGUUGUGCGUAAACAUGGUAAAUGAGCGGAUUCAGCAAUACACCACAGAGCUGCUCUUCCAGCAAGAACAGCAGGAAUGUCUGCAAGAAGGGGUCGCCAUGGAGACCGUACGCUACCCUGCCUGUCAGCCUGCACUUGUGGACUUCUUCUACCAGAAGCCCCAGGGCAUGCUGUGUGUGCUGGAUGAAGAGAGUCAGUCUCUGAGACCCUCUGAACUCAACCUGUAUAAGAGACUCCAGGCCCAGCUGGACUCCACCGCUACCGAUGCCGUUUUACUUACUACCAAGGAUGGAAACGGCAACCCCCCACCAAAAGAUCAGGGCCCAUCUUUUACUGUUGCACACUACGCCGGGAAGAUGAGCUAUGACCUCAGAGGAUCUUUGGAGAGGAAUAGGGAUGCUCUGCCUCAAAAUAUCUUGUUUGUCCUGAAAUCCAGCGAGAACGUGCUCAUCCAUCAAAUGUUCCAGUGUAAGCUGACUCAGACAGGCUCCCUGGUGCCUCUAAACCAGCGGCUGCAGCUGCGCAGGUCCAAAGGCACUUUGCUCCUGCACAUGCCAAGCUCAGCCAGCGCACCCAAAGAUGCACAGAAAUAUCUGGAGCUCAAAAAGCUCAUGAAGAAGAAAGGAACCACAUCAUUUAUGCAGAGGCUGGAGCGUUGUGGCCCGGUCACUGUGGCAGUGCAACUGAGGAACUCUCUAUCAGAGAUCAGCAGUAAGCUCCAGCUGUGCACUCCUCACUUUGUGCAUUGCGUGAGGCCCAACAGCUCAGGCCAGGCCGAUGCCUUCGACAGCUUCCUGGUGUCCACUCAACUGCAAUAUGUGGGAGUUCUGGAGAUGGUGCGCAUGAUCCGCUAUGGCUACCCAGUGCGCAUGCCCUUCACCAGCUUCCUUACCAGAUAUCGAGAGCUGGUGGACACCACACUGACACAAGGGAGGAAGAUGUCCGCUGAGGAGAAAUGCCGCCAUGUCCUCCAGCACUGCAAGCUCCAGGGAUGGCAGUUGGGAAGCAGCAAAGUGUUCCUGAGGUACUGGCAAGCUGACCACCUGAAUGACCGCUGCCAUCAACUGCACAAGAAGAUCGUUACCUGCCAGAAAGUGGCACGUGGCUGGCUGGUGAGGCACCGUGUGCGGGGUAAGCUGAGCUAUCAGCAAAGAGAGCAGUGCAAUGUACAACGGUUCCUGCAGGGGGCAGAAGACUUGGGCUUGCGUGCUUACGACAGCCUAGUCAUCCAGAACGCGGCGGAUAUCGCACGAGAGAAUGAUCGUCUGCGGGGCCACGUUGUCACUCCUCCACUGGGAGAGAGACCUGAACCUGUGGGAACAGAGGACGACUCACCCAGGAGGCCUGCAGAGAAAAGUGUGAGGGUGAACGACGCUGUAGGCCGUGCCGGGAGCCGUCCUAUCAGACACUUCCGUUCCAGUUCCGUGCCUACCCCCCUAGUCAUAGACAACUUGGUACAUUCCAGCAUUGGGCCAUCAAUCAAACCAUCCUUUCAGUCUGUAACUCACAGCAGUGAAGAGGGUUGUAGUGGAGGACUCUCGUCGCCACGGAAACAACCACCUCCCAAACCAAAAAGGGACCCUAACACGCGUCUGAGUGCAUCCUAUGAGGCAGUGAGUGCUGGCCUGAGUAUUGCUCCUAAGGACAGUCCUGCUGAGGGCCAAGUCUCACCCUCAGGAAGCCCCCCAAAAACCCAGCUAUCCCCCACUGACCCUCUGUCUAAACCACGUCCUCACAGCGACGACUACAGCACCAUGAAGAAGAUUCCCCCUCCCAAGCCCAAGCGCAGCCCCAACACCAAGCUCACAGGCUCCUAUGAGGAGAUCUCAUCUGCUCCUGUGCGCCCUACAGACAUGAAGUUGGCGUGUCUGGCACGCAGCGGACACUUUAUGGGCCUUGUUCAGCGGGCAGCCUCUGAUGACGGACCGCACUUGGCCACAUUGAGCGUACAGCCAGGCCGGGACGAUGAAGAUGUCUACAUCGAGAUGGUGAGCACCUGCAGGGCUCUGAGCAUAACAAACCCUCACAGUCCAGAGCAGAAUGAGGCUGUUUAUGAGGAAAUGAAGUACUACCCACAUGAUGAGGGUGGAACUGUUCCCCAGGUUGCCAAGCCUGAAACAUGUGACUCCACCCCCUUCAGCUGUAUUGCAAAGCUGCCGCAGAAUCUAGAGAUCAAGAGACCCGUAGCUCUCAUAGAGCAUCCAAAAACGCUGGUUGGACGUCAGCAAAGCUGGGAUGGUGAUAAAAGGAACAAAGGAACAAAAAAAGAUGGGACUGCAUGUGACAUUCCGGCUCCUUUCCCCAACCUCCUACCACAUAGGCCCCCUCUGCUGGUGUUUCCUCCAUCUCCAGUCACAUGCUCUCCAGCCUCGGACGAGUCCCCCCUCACCCCUCUUGAGGUAAAGAAGCUGCCCGUGUUUGAGACUAACCUCAACUACUCCAGCCAAGAUGGAGGCAGCCCGCUUUCUCCCCAGUAUAGUCGGCAGAGAGCUGACUCCUCCCCUAGCCUUUCUGUAUUAAUACCUGACAAAUCUACUCCACCGCUAACUCCACCCGCACCCGCAGCUCCUCCUCCACCACCGUAUCGCCCUCCAUCGCACUUCCCCUUCCCCCCUGAAACGAACUUCCUGGUCCUGAGCCGUGCCAAUGCAGACCCUAAAGUGACUCAUAAAGGAGGGAACAGUUUAGCAGAGACACCCCCGGGCAGUGCCAAGCCUCCCUUCUCACCAAUGAAGUCUUCUCGGCCAGAGCCACGACGAGCACACUCGUGUUCAUCCUCACCACUGCUGUUCAACCCAGCAAAUGGGAGGGCCCUUACAAGCCCCCUUGAUGAGCUAAAUACGCUUUUCAGUUCAGGACGCAGCCUGCUCCGGAAGUCCACAACCGGGAGGAAGAUUAGAGACAGCAGUUUUUCCAACUCCAACAUGAACCUUCCAGGAAGAGAGGAGCAAGGGUCUACUACUUCAUCACCACAGUUACAGGAUAAAAACGCCAAUCACCGCACAUCCUCGCCCAACUCCCCCAUUCCUGCCCCUGUGGAGAACGGCAACCAGAUCUCCAAUGGAACAUUAGACGAUGAUGGACACCACAAGUCAAUUGCAUCCAGUGCCUCUACGCUCCACAGACAUAUGGACAGCCACCACACUCAGGUCAUCCGGCGAUUCUGUGUGUGGGGGGAUCAGGGGUCUACUUUUCAGGAUUUGUUGAGACGGAGGAGGAGUGUGUGUGAUGGUCGGACAGACUAUCAGAAUGCCUGGCUCCAGACACAUGGCUCACCUACCUUAAUGAUAAAGCACAAGGGUAAUAAGACCAAGAAAACUUCACCUUAAAAAGUGGUACCUCUGCUGAUCAUGUGUCCUGGAUGAAGGAAACAGGGAUAGUACUCACUUGCUUCUCUCCUGUUCCUUUCCCUCUGUGUCUCUCACUUAUCACUCAUGAUUUGAAUGAGACAUAGGAGAACCUCAUAUAUGUCUCUCAGGCCAGGCACCAAAUAAUAUGAAACCCAAAGGACAUACUGCCAUGUCACAUGUCUUGGUGACCCUUCUGUCUACUAGAGUCUACAGCUGUCAGAUUUGAAUGUUGCUCGGUGCAGAAGACUCUAUUCGAGCCGCAGAGAUUGCAAUCGUAUCUGUAACCCCAUCUCGCUGCACUGUAGUCUACAUUCGUAUACCGUAUUUCAGUGUUGCUACUUCAGAUCAAACUGGUGCUGGCUGCUCCUGUGAUUCUGUGGCCUCAGUUUGAUAAAAGGUGGUGUUGGUGGCCCAGAUUAGGGACAGCAUGGGAUAAAGCGGCUGGGCUGCAGACAUUUCUACAGUUUACAUAACAAGUCUCUUUGUGUUGACCUCCUUUGUGAACUGUGUCUUUAUUUCAGGUUCAGUGACGCAGCUACGUCUCACACUCUUUCAGGUGCUUCUGAGACCCAUCUUCAGAGGUCACGGGCAUUAAAAAUGGGGUUUGUGAACUCUUGUGAGUUCAGGUAAACUCUCAGUGAUAUCCCAGGGUGCACUUUGAUCUGACACAAGCAUCAGUUUGAGAUGCAAAGCACACGUUUAACUGAACGAGUAGAAUAUUGCACACUCAGUGCCAACACAGACCGCACACAGAGUAAAACAAAGAUUCUGAAAUGUAAAAUAUAUAACACAGAAAAGGACUUUUCUGUAUUUCUGGCUUACAUAAGACAAAUGGAACUAAUGAUAAGUUAGUUCAUUAAAAGCAAAUGUACCUGUAGAUUUGAAUAAUACUUUCGCAAUCCUCAAACCUAAUUUUUUUGGAGAAACCUUUGGACAGGAAUUUGUGCCACUAUGGUGGCAUUUGACCAGAUUCCAGCACAAACAGUGCAGUGUGUAAGUAAUUGGACAGGGAUGUAGGGUUUCUUUUGUGGACAUUCUGUACUUCAGCAAGGAAAAUAGGACUUUACGUUUAUUCAGUGAAGUAUAUAGGCAUCGCUGCUGGAUGCCAGCAGAUCAUAAUGCAAAAAAAACAAAAGCUGUCGCUGUGCAAUUACUUGAACUUCACUGUAUCUUCACUGGUCUCAUUUAUUUUUAAUUAGUAUAAGUAAAUACCAUCUCAAAAAGAUGAAAAACAAGUGUUUUGUUUGUAAUUUAUACGUAUGCCUAGUGUGUAACAAUACAUUGCUUUCUGUGUUAUCUGUCUAGAGCUCCACAUGGACUGGAGGUGUCCAGUAUAAAUAAAUGCAGUUGUAUUAGAGGUGUUCCACAGUUCUGAAGUGGAACCUUAGAAAUAUAAUGACAUGACAAUGUCAUGUCUGCAAUGAUACUCAAAUGGUUUAUAUAAUCAGUAAAUACGCAUCAUCUACUGUGCCCUCCACUAAUAUAGGCACUCUUGGUAAAUAUGAGUAAAGAAGG